UCCGCGCAGAAAAAGCUGCGACCACACUGCCAGUCCUUUUGCUCACUUGGCCAACUUUUUAAUCCGAUGCCUAAAACGACAGAAUGCUGCGCCAGAACCUGUUGGAUCAGCUCAAGCACUUCAUAGAGACGGUGAGCAAUGGCCACAGUUGUCCCCAGCUGCUGACCAGCCCCAAUCUCAUCAAGCUCGCGCUAGGAUUCCUGGAGGAGUUGCCAGCCACGCGGGACAUAGUUUUCGAGUACUUUGCUUUGCUGGCCGAGAUCAGUGUUCAGCUGUAUGUGUCGCCGGAGAUGGCGGACUCCAAGACCGGAAUGCCGGUGUCCCAGGUGAAGCAGGCCGGGAAUCGACAGCAGCAGCUGCGUGCUCCGGAAUACGAGAGCUUCAAUCUGGUCAAGACGGCGCUGCAGAGUUUGGUGUGGAAGGGUCCGCCGGCGUGGUCGCCUCUGAUUGCCAACUGGAGCCUGGAGCUGGUGGCCAAGCUGUCCGAUAAGUACACCCAACGACGGAUGACCAUAACGGCCAGCUGCAACUAUUGGCUGGAAUGCAGCGCCAUGCACGGCCUGAUGACCCUCAUAAACAGCUGCUUCCGGAAGCUGACCCAACCGGAGGAGGAGGCGUGCGUGGAGAUCAUGCUGAACGCCUUCCACCGCUUCCCAAUGACCUUCGAUUGGAUUGUUGCCAGGCUGGGCGGCUGCUUUCCCUACAAGAUCAUCAUGCAGAUUUUGCAAUGCGGCAUCAAGCGAUUUGUCGAGGACUACCGCUGCCAUCUGGACUCGGAGGCAGGCAUCCUCGAUUACAUGACAUCGUGCCACGAACAGCAGCUGAGGGCCGCCUUCCGUGAGAUGCUCAGGGAGGGAUUCGCGCCCAAGAAGCCGCUGGACGUGGCCGUCGUUCCCUUCCUGCUGAUCACAACCAAUUACUCGGACACGAUUCUGCAGAGUUUGGUCAAUGUGCUGGUCGAAAUCUAUUCCGAGGACAUGUGCGAGGUCAUUGUGCAGAAAUCGCCUCUUUGGCUUAGCAACAAGAUGUUCGCCGGCAUGCAGCCCACGCUAAACAAUGCGGUUCUUAGGCUGAACGAGCAUGGAGCUACACUGCUGCUAACGGCAGCCAAAAUGGCCGAGAAAUACGUUUGGUGUCAGGACUUCCUGGACAACUCCAUGCAGGAGCUGGAACAGUGGGUGCUCAACCAGAGGAACUUCCCGCUGUUGGCAGAUCUUGCAUAUGAGGAAACCAAGUACAUGCUGUGGAAAAGCUGCCUUAGCACUAAUCUCUUCGAGCAGCAAACGGCCGUGCGGUUGCUGCUGGUGGUCUCCUCUCAGCAUCCACAUAUUUACUACCAAACUGUAUCCCAGCUUCUAAAAAAGUCGUACGCACAAAAUCCCAAUGGCAUUGGCGCCCUCAUUCGUCUGCUGGGUGGACAAAGCGGAAUGGUGAACUUUCCUGGAUUCACGCCCGGCUUUAAAAUGGUGUUGGAGGACAUCACGCUACAUGUUCAGGUUAAUAAUCGCUUGCCAGUGCCGCCGGGCACGCCCUCAGAAGCGUUUAACACUUUCUCCAACCUCAACAUACUGGCAAGGAUGCACAAAAGUAAAAAUGUGGCCCCCUACAUCAAAGCUCAGCAUUUAAACCAAGCCCUCAACGAGUGCCUGCCCAAAAUAAUCCAAAUCUUUGACUGUACCGUGAACAAAUUGGUUCUAAAGAUGGAUAAAGAUGCAGCUGAGCGCAGUGCGGAGAAAUUUAGGGCGCAGCAAAGCAACAAUAACAAUAACAGCGACAUGUGCAAUGGCAAGGACUACGGAAAGCGACCAAAACUAGAGCCGGGUGAGGAAAAGCUGGAGGAAGAGGACGUCACGCGUAUGCGAUUGGCCCACCUAAUUGUGGAUCUGUUGAACAACAUAGAUGUCGGAAGCCGUACCAAUGUCUUGCGUACUCCGCAGGUCCUAAAGCUAGCCGUGCUUAGCGUCAAAUACUUCUUCGUGGGCUUAACCGAGCAGACUGUGAUUCGUCGAGCGGCUGCCUCACAUCGAUCAUUUUCCCUGCUGCAGCGCCAGUGCUCCGCCCGGAAGAUUGCUAGAACUGUUUGCCUGCGCGAAUUAGUAGAAGGCGCUCUAUUCUACCAUGGCCAUCUGCUCGGCCAGCUAGAGGAAUAUGAACUGGAUGAGCUACAAAUCCCUGAGCACGAGCUACUCAUCCUGCAGAAUCUACACACUAGUUCUGGCGCCAACUCGAAUCGCUCCGUACUGCAUUCCGGGAUUAUUGGGCGUGGUCUGCGACCCGUACUGCCCACAAAUGACAGAAACUGCGAUGCGGAGAAGCAGGCGUUGUAUUUAAAGGCAUUAAAUGCCUGCUGCGCCGACCUGGAGAAGCCAAAUAACGUGGAGGGCUACUCCCUGGUCUCGCUGCUGCUGGUCGAGCUGGUCUCCACGGAUGUCAUGUACAACGGGCUGCCCUUUCCGGACGAGGAGUUCACCAGGGUCACAAUGGAGCGGGACAUGCAGAUUAGAAGAGCGUUUAUCACCUCCCCCGUGCUCUGGGCAGUUUUGGGACUGAUUGCUGGUCAUAGGCCGGCUCUUUGCUACUCCUCCGUUCUUCUGCGCGCACUCUGCGCUACCUGUUUGCAUCACUGGCGGGGAAAGAAUGUCAAUAGAUUCCAGGCCACGGCUGCCAACGAUGAGCUGAUGCUCUGUACCAAGAAAAUGCUGCAACUGCUGGCUAUGAGCCAACUGAUUCCGCCGCCACUUACCAAUCUGCAUCUCAUUAUCGAGCACUUCGAAUCGGCAGAGAUCGCCCUUCUGCUGCGCGAGUGUAUCUGGAACUAUCUUAAAGACCACGUGCCCUCGCCGGCGCUCUUCCACGUGGACAACAACGGGCUGCACUGGCGCAACACGAACACGCAAUUGGCCAAGGUGCCGCCGCAGUAUGUGGACACGCUGCGCCACCUGAUGCAGCGGAAGCUUGCCACCUUGGGGCCCCACUACCAUCAGAUGUUCAUCAUGGGCGAGCUGAUGGAGGGGAACUCCGAGCCUGAUCCCACGGCGCGGCUGCAGAUAGUGGAACUAGAUUAAGCACCCGUAGUUAGCUAGCGUAAUGUUGUGUAAGCAUGAGCGUGUGUGGAUGAAAUGAACAGUCUGGAUUGUUGAGUGUGGAAUGUGUGAACUAAAUGCAGUGUUUGUAUUUUGAUCUUCAA